AUGGAUUCAUCAAAUAACACAGGAACAUUUGAAGCUGAAGAAAUAAAAAUCCCAGUGCCAUGGGGUCAUAUCAGUGGAAAAUUAUGGGGUCCAAAAAAUGUACAACCUAUCGUGGCUUUACACGGUUGGCAAGAUAAUGCAGGCACUUUUGAUAAACUAGCACCAAUACUUGCACAGCAAUAUGCAAUUUUAAGUAUUGAUCUUCCUGGCCACGGUUUUUCAUCUCACCUCAAUAAAGGAUCUUUUUAUUAUGUAUUUUGGGAUGGAGUUGUACUUGUUCGUAGAAUCGUUAAACAUUUCAAUUGGAGAAAAUGGUGGGGCCCAAAAACAAUCCAACCGAUUGUAACAUUACAUGGACGUCAGGAUAAUGCAGGAAGUUUUGAUCGGUUAAUACCGAUGAUUAGCAAUGAAAUAUCAUUUCUCUGUCUGGAUUUGCCCGGUCAUGGCUUUUCCUCGCAUCAUCACAAAGGACAAUAUUAUUUUGUUUACUGGGAUGGAAUUAUGCUAUUACGCAGAGUCGCCAGGCAUUUCCAGUGGAGUAAGAUAAAAUUACUUGGGCAUUCUCUGGGUGGUGCCAUUGGAUUUCUCUAUGCAGCAUCUUAUCCAGAUGAAGUUGAUCUUCUGAUAAGUCUUGACAUUGCCAGUCCAACUGUAAAAACUAUUGAUAAAGUUGUCGCUUUAACAAAAGACAAUGUUGAUAAAUUUCUCAAAUAUGAACAACUCACGAAAGAGUCAACACCAAUUUACAAUUAUGAUGAAAUGCUCGAUAUUGUCAUGGAUGCUUAUGGUGGUAAUAUUACUCGAGAGAGUGCGGAAAUUUUAAUGCGACGCGGUACAGAGCCUUCCUCGACUCCUGGCAAGCAUUUAUUUACUCGAGAUCCACGAUUAAAAGUUUCACUUCUUGGGAUGCUUUCAAUUGACCUCACCUCUGCAUACGCAAAACAAAUAAAAUGUGCAUAUUUGAAUAUCCGCGCUGUACCAGGCCUUAAGUUUGAUUAUCCUGAACAUUAUCAAGAAAUUAUGGAUAUUAUUAAGAACAAAGCGAAAACAUUUGAGUAUCAUGAAGUUGAGGGAAGUCACCAUGUUCAUCUCAACGAACCUGAAAAAGUCGCACCAAUUAUUAAAAACUUUUUAAAAACUAUAAAUGAAUGA